GGCCGCCACCGUCGUGCACGUGCCGCCGCUCUUCCGCUACCGCUUCACGACCAAAUUCCCGGCCGCCUCGGCCGUCGUGAGGCGCUGGGAGGGCGUGAUGGUCCAGCAGGGGCUGCUGGACGCCAGGCUCUUCUUCUCCCGAGGCUGCGGCUACCCGCUGGCCACGUCCACGAUCAUCAACUACAAUGGCAACGAGACGACGGCCAGGAGGAGGCGCUUCGCGUCCAUGAGCGGCCUGGCGCUGGAGCGGCCGUCGCCGACCCACUACGACUGGCGCGGCACGUCCUACUUCCGCCUGCUGCACGCGACCUGGUCGGCCUGCGACCCGGACCGCGACCGGGAGGACGCGCACCCAGAGCGCGUGCCGUACUCAGCCAACUUCCUGGACGACCCGGAGUUCCGGCAGGGCCGCCACCGACACGUCGUGCGCGGAGACAAGACCCUCGGGCCCAUCAUCUCGAGCAUCCUGCUGUUCGUCAAGCCGCACGAGCUCAAGGACGAGCUCAACCAGAAGUUCCAGGAGAAGCACGCGUGGUGGCUGCAGGACCCGUCGCUCUCGCUCAGCAAGCUGCGGCACCUCAAACGAGAGGCCGUCAUGUGCAGCCAGCGACUGGACCUCGAAGUGGCCACGGUGGCGCUGGCCUGCGUGCUGUUCGAGAAGCUCGUGCUGCAGCACUACAUCACCAAGGUCAACCGCAAGCUCUACAUGGCUGUGUGCUUCCUUCUGGCCGUCAAGUUCAACGAGCCCUGCGCCUCGGACGAGCGCAAGCGCGUGAUCCGGCAGCUUCUGGAGGACAUCGACCGCGCGCACGCCCUCCCUUCCCGAGACGUCCUCACAGCCGAGUUCACAGUGUACGCGCAGCUCUCCUUCAACCUCCACGUCCCGAUCGCUGAAGUGCACCCGCACUUUGUUCGCCUCUUGAAGAUCAUCGAGAGCAACCCGCGCAAGUACCUGGACGACGACGUGUUCACGUCCUACUCGGCGCUGUUGGCGAUGGAAGAGCAGGCAGAGAACCUCGGCAUGGUGUUGUCGGACCCUCUGGAUGGCUUUGACGAGACGACUGACGGCGAGGCACGGCUGAGUGACGACGACGACGAUACAGAGCGCGGCAGCGGCACUGACAACGAUCAGCGAGGACGGAAACGGAAGAACUCGGGCGGAGGAAGCAAGAGCAAGAGCACCGCCGACGACCCAUCAAUGUUCCCGUGGCAGAAUGUGUCCUUCACGCAAUGGUGGCGGAAGCGCCGCAACUCGCGAGAGCGACAUGAGUCGCCGCCUGCCUCACCGCUGGCAAUUUGAGGUCGUACCGCUCACUUAAUUACUUAUCUCAU